AACCCAGGAUUUUUUUAUUUUCAGAUUUUUCAAAAUUUGAACUGAAUGUAAUUGCUGGAAGAAUAUCCAGGAGUUUGUAAAGAAUGGCGGACACGUUGACCCUGAAGGAGGUGGAGUUGGACUACGAGGCAGAUGAAGGAGACGAUGGAAGGGUUGAGACUCCGUCCUCUCCUCGCCUUGACUCCAAGAACGAGGACGAAGGUUCCUCACCGAGGACGGAUGGUGAGCUGCCCAGCUCUCCGGCCAAGGAGGAGGACGAACUCGAGUCCGGAGAAGAGUUGGAAGACGGGGAAAUUAGUGAUGAAGAUGAGACCUUAAGAAAUGAAAGAAAUGAACCUAAACCUGUGUGUAGGUUUUACAGUAAAGGACAGUGUACUUGGGGCGCAAGUUGCAGGUUUCUUCACCCUGGAGUGCUAGAUAAGGGGAACUACAGCAUGUUUGCAACCCCUCGACCUAUUCUGCCCGGAGAACCAGACAAAGAACCAGUUGAAGCGGACCCAGUAGUAGAACCUGUACUGAUGAGACCUCCACCCCCUGCCUACGAGACUGCUUGGGAGCGAGGUCUCCGCCAGGCGAAGGAAAUGAGACGGCGGAGUCACAAAAGACGCGAGAUGGAUGUAGAGUAUGAAGAGAAGAAAUCCAGUCUUAGUCUAACACAGAUUGAGUUGGAUAAAGAAAAUGAUUACUACACUCGUCCAGCUAGUCCGGCCCAUACACACGAUCCAUACGCUGAGGAUGAGUUUGGUGAACCCUACGAUGGUUUUCAACCAGAAUCUCGUCGUAUCGCUCCACCCCCACCUGCUGAUUUCGUCGCUCGUGGCGAGCGGGCCGCUAGCAGACGGUAUAGUGAAUCUCCGCCUCCUAGGGUGCGGCGGAUAGCUCCGCCUCGAGAUCCUAGUCCUAAGGAGGAUCCGCGGCAGAGGUUUAAAGGCGGUGAGGAUUGGGCGGAUCCAUGGAUGAGAUCUAAGGAUGAUAAAUUGAGAGAUCUGAGAGUAAGAGUAGGUCAACUACACCUGAAGGAAUACCGCGCAGAGGAAACCCUGUUAUACCCCCAACAGUGAAGAACACGGCCCCGCUACAGAAAAGGUUGGCGGCUGUUUCCCAGCAGAAGGGGUCAACCAGGGUCAAAACUGAAGCUGGGCUCAAUAUUAAAUUAGAAGGAGACAAACGUGGAAGCUCGUCUCGAGGUGAGCAGAGUAAAGUUGGAGUUAAAGAUAAGAAUAAAGAACCCUUCAAGAUGAAUCUACCGAAAAAUCAGAUCAAGCUGACUCUGAAGACGGCUACCGGGAAGCCGGUGAACCAGACUGUUUUAGAGAAGCUAGGUUCGAGUAGAGAGGAACUGGAAACAGAACUUCGGAAACGGAAACUUGAAAACCCGCAUUCAUCAGAGACAGUGAAACAGAGGAAGCUGGAAAAUGAGGAGUUGAUGGAAACACUGAAACAAAGAUUAAAAAGCAACCUUGAAGCUAAACAGGCAAAAGAAGCUGAAGCUAAGUCCGUAAAAGCUAAAAAAUUGCUUGAAGUGAUAGCUAACGAGAAGAAGCCUGAGAAAGGAAAAGAGAAAGGAAAGGAGAAGAAACCAGGCGGGGGAAGUGAUACUAAGACAAGGAGAAAAGAGGAACUAUUAAAACAGCUGAAGGCUGUAGAGGAUGCAAUUCACAGAAAAAGAACGAAGUUGGAGAAAUAAACUUUUUCAGUUUCCUAUUUCUUCCUUUAAACUAUUUGAAGAGUCAAAGCCAGUGGAGCUCUUUUUUAACAAAUACAAAUUUGCGAAUUAUCUUUUUUUUUAAUUUUUAAUAGAGCAUUAGCAAGAAAGUAGAUGUAAAGCUGCCAAUUUACCUAAUGUAUUUAAUUUUUAAAUGUACAAUAUAUUGCAUAUUAUAUUAUUGUACAUUGCGUUCAUACUUGAAUUGUAGUAGAAGUUUUCAUAAAAUAUGUUUUCUAACUUAUUUUAAAUCAACAAGUGAAAUUUAAGUAUUAUUGUACAUUCUUUCACUUUGAAAGUUAGAUAUAUAUUGUACUAUUGAUUUUGCAUAUUCGUUUUCAACUUUCAUAUCAGUUUUUCUUCUGUAAGUACCGGUCACUAGUGUACACUGUACAGUGUACAGUACUGCUUACUGUAAACACAUAUGUAAAGCCCUGUACUGUGCACAUACAGAUUGUACAUGACGGUACAAGUACAAUGUACAGUGUACACGUGUUAAUUUAUGCAAUGUACAUUAAUAUAUAUAUUUGAUAUUUAUAUUUUCAGAA